AUGGCAGGCGUUGCAACCGAACCCAUGCCAGUGACUGAUGCUGUCCCUGUGACCAGCGCUGUUCAGAUGGGCAGUGGCAUUCCCAUCAGCACCACCUAUCCCAUGGAGACGGGUGCUCCCCAGGUGGUCUACACCUCGUCGCCAUACGUGAUGCCUGGUGCUGCCUCCAUCAGUGCCAUGCCCAUGACCAGCUACAGCACGAUGCCUGCGAUGCCCAUGGCCUACAGUGGCUUGGACCACUCCCAGGGCAAAUGGUUCGCGCCCGGCGAGGCUUUGCCGCCCGGCUUUAUCAUCACGGCGCACCCGGAGGGUCACACAGCGCCACAGGAGGGCCACCUGAUGUCCGACAAGGCCCGUGAAAGCUUCGUGAUCACCACGGGGGUUGACACCAAGCUUGGCUCUGCUCCAAAGAGCAAGAAGAGCAAGAAGAAGAAGUCCAGCGGCUGUGUCCCCACUGAGCCUGUACCAGUGACUGAUGCCGCUGUGCCUGUGACCAGCGCAGUUCAGAUGGGCAGUGGCGUACCCGUCAGCACCACUUAUCCCAUGGAGACUGGUGCUCCUCAGGUCGUCUACACCUCGUCGCCAUAUGUGAUGCCUGGCGCUGCCUCCAUCAGUGCCAUGCCCAUGACCAGCUACACCACGAUGCCUGCGAUGCCCAUGGCCUACAGUGGCCUGGAUCACUCCCAGGGCAAGUGGUUCGCGCCCGGCGAGGCUUUGCCGCCCGGCUUUAUCAUCACGGCGCACCCGGAGGGUCACACAGCGCCACAGGAGGGCCACCUGAUGACCGACAAGGCCCGUGAGAGCUUUGUGAUCACCACCGGCACCGCCGGAACCAAAGCUGGCGCUGCCCCCAAGGCCAAGAAGAGCAAGAAGAAGAAGUCCAGCGGCUGCUGCUGA